UGGAGCCGGGAGCGCACGGCUGUCCCCUGGCACCUCCUAUCCCAGAGCCCGGCCCUAAUGCGCUUGCGCACUUGAAGGAAGCCCCUGGCUAAGGGGACCGAGAACCUGGGAGGAGGCGCUUGAGCAGGGCGUGUGCCCAGAAGUGGGGAGCUCGUCUUGCUAGCUGAGCCGGCGCCUGGUCCCUGCAGUCACAUCUGUCGCGAUCAUGUCCAAAUCCUUGAAGAAGAUUGUGGAGGAGAGUAGGGAGAAGAACAUUUUGGAGGUGGACAUGUGUGAGCGAAACAUCUCUAACAUGGUGGACAUACCUGGCUUGUUCACUCUGUCUCACAUCACACAGCUGGUUCUCAGCCACAACAAACUCACAACUGUGCCUGCAAACAUUGCAGACCUAAGGAAUUUGGAAGUACUCAAUUUCUUCAACAAUCAGAUUGAGGAGUUACCUACCCAAAUCAGCAGUCUUCAGAAGCUGAAACACUUGAAUCUUGGCAUGAACAGGCUCAACUCCUUGCCACGAGGUUUUGGCUCCCUCCCAGCCCUGGAGGUUCUUGACCUGACGUACAAUAACUUAAAUGAAAAUUCACUGCCUGGAAACUUCUUUUAUCUAACCACCUUGCGUGCACUCUAUCUAAGUGACAACGAUUUUGAAAUCCUGCCACAAGAUAUUGGGAAGCUCACAAAGUUGCAGAUACUUAGCCUUCGGGAUAAUGACUUGAUAUCGUUGCCUAAAGAAAUUGGUGAACUCACUCAGCUUAAAGAACUUCAUAUCCAAGGGAACCGACUCACCGUGCUGCCUCCAGAACUAGGUAACUUGGAUUUGACUGGUCAAAAGCAAGUCUUCAAAGCAGAGAAUAAUCCAUGGGUCACCCCUAUUGCAGAUCAGUUCCAGCUUGGCAUUUCCCAUGUGUUCGAAUAUAUUCGUUCAGAAACAUACAAAUACCUCUAUGGCAGGCACAUGCAGGCUGACCCCGACCCUCCGAAGAAGAAUAACGACAAAUCCAAGAAGAUCAGCCGUAAGCCUCUGGCUGCCAAGAACAAAUAAGGACCCAGCACAUCCCCUUCUGCUGUUUUGUUUUGCAUGUCUCUUUCAUUCUUUUAAAAAUAUAUUUACUAAGACAAAUGACUAUUUUGUAGAAUAAAAACAAAAAUGCCUUUUCUAUCUACAUCCAUUUACAAAAUACAAACUUCCAUGGUUAAUGAGUUCAUUAGUAUAAGACAGGCUAUAAAUGAAUAGUAAAAGCUAAUAAUUAUUACCAAUUACUGCUUAAAUCCUGUAGCCACUUUAUCUGCUCUAGAAACAUUGCCAGAGUGUUUAAUUCACACAGCCGCUAUGCUUUACUGCUGCAGCAGUCUAUGUGUGUCAUUCAUAUUUUAUGUAAUACACUGUUUGUUAAUAAAAACCUUUUUUGUACCAUA